CCCUGCGAUGACGCAACAGCCAGCGUCGCCGGCUCGGCGGGCCCAGGUCUACGCAGGCGCGGCGAGGCCGCGGGUGGGCGGAGCCGGUCGGAAUGAGCGGCGCUGGGACGGAGCCCCCCGUGGCUUGUGAGGCCGCUUCGGGCGGCGGCGGCAAGAAGAGGGACUCGCUGGGGACUGCGAGCUCAGCGCACCUCAUUAUCAAGGAUCUUGGAGAGAUUCAGUCAAGGCUUUUGGACCACAGACCAGUUAUUCAAGGUGAAACUCGUUACUUUGUAAAGGAAUUUGAAGAAAAACGUGGUCUUCGGGAACUGAGAGUUCUUGAAAAUUUGAAGAAUAUGAUCCAUGAAACAAGUGAGCAUACUCUUCCCCAGUGCAGAGAUGGAAUGGAGAGCAACUUGAAGGAAGUUCUCCAGAGACUGCAAGCAGCAAAUGACUGUGUUCAUAGACUCCAACAGAGAGAACAGGAGCGAAGAAAGAUGUAUAAUGACCACUUGGUAGCUAGUGAGAAGCAGCGUGGACUUCAGUGGGAGGAGCUCAUGAAAGAACAGCCCCGCCACCAGGCUGAAGUGGAUGAAGAGCACCAGAGAGCCCUGCAGCGACUGCGAGAGCACUAUGCUGAGAUGGAGAAGGACCUCUCCAAGUUCUCAACCUUUUAAGAAUUGCACCACAACAGUGACAAAUGAGGAAACACUGACUUCCACCCACAUACUUCUACCAACCAUUUAGCCUCUGCUUCGAGUUUAGCAAUAUAUUCAGUGGCACUCUGGUCUGAGAAGAGUGACUUCUGCUGAAGCCUAAUGGAAUGUUCCAUGGAAGGAGAGCGCCACACCUUCCCUUUAAGUGCCUGUGGUGAUUGUGUGAAUGGGAAGCUUGGGCAGAAAGAUGGGAUCAGUUUAUUCUUUCUUAAUCAGAAUUGGUUUUCUUCUCCAGCCUUUAGCUCAGAGAUGUAAGCACAGACUUCUUAAACAAGAUAACGUAAUCCAUGCGCAUACAAGGUUAACAUUACAAUUGGGGCUUAAAGAGCAGCUGCUGUCAUAGCUUCCCUGGCUGUGAGGGGGAUUAGAGUGCAUACAGUAUUAUUCCAUGAGUAGUGUUGGACAAACAGCUGGCCUUAGAGAAAGAUCCCACUUGAGAGAGGUAAGAGUCAAAACAUUGUCUCCACUGUGACAAAGAUGGACACGGUAGGCUUGAACCACUUGUGGUGAUUCCAGAUUUGUUGGGGUUGCAGGUUUCAUAGGGCUGCUUAAUGCCGUGCACUGCCCUGGGUGAUAAGACACAUGUAUUAAGGGUUGUGGCCUUCUAGUCCUUAAUAUUUUUAUCUUUUAAAAUGUGCUUAGGACAAAAAGUUCACCAAAAAUACAUUUUGAUGUUUAGCCCUUUCAAGAACCGUAGUCUUGCCCAACUGUUUACCUCAUUUUGUGUCUGUUUGCUGUGGGUAAGUGUAUAACAUGAAUAAUCUCUGUACCUGUUUCAAGUGUUUCAUGAGUGACCAGCAGAAUCCACCAAGGAGUCCCUCCAGAACCACCUAAGGAUUCUGGCUCCGAAUGAACCAGAAGUGUUUGUCCACGUGACAGAUGAUCCAUGUUCAGUGUAAACCCUGUGUGGUGCUAAUGUCUG